AUGGCUUCCCUAUUCUCCUCCCCGAGGGGGGAGGGGGGAGGGGGACACUUACUGACCGGGAGGCCCCUUGUCCCGUAUGCACGACGACUGCACUCUGCAUCAAUAAGCAGUGCAGCUGGUAGGGGAAAAAGCAACGAACGUCCACAUAAUACUUCCAUAGCGCACGGCCAUCGACUACUUUGGGCGGUGUCUUGCCCUCAGAAACCACGAAGAAGAAAACAUGUCAGCCCAUGGGCCGUUGCGACGGUUGCGAGAAUCAAAAAUGGGCCAUCUCGCCUGAUUUUCCCAAGGGCCUUGAAAAGUGUUCCACUAUCCUCCCUCGAUGUCCAAUUUUUUUCGAAGGAGAAUGAUCCGUGUUCCUUUCAUCGACAUCGCGAAAUAGGCAAUAUGGCGGCACCGACUCCGUUGGCAUCGGCGGCUCCGUUGAACACGACUAUGGGGGAUGGGAGCACGACUUUCCCGCUCGAGAGGCAGAGCCAGAUCUCCGUGGUUGCGGUGUCCAUCGUUUUCAUCAUCAUCCCAACCAUCGCCGUCGCGAUGCGUCUGAUGGCGAGGCGCAUGGCGAAUCGAGCGCUGGAUGCCAGCGACUACUGCAUCAUUGUAGCUUGCGUUUUCUCGCAUGCUCUGCAAAUUGUCUCGAUAGUCAGUGUUACGCAGGGUGGUGUUGGAUAUCUGUUUCGAGAGAUCAUUCCAAAGUAUGGACGGGGACCCAUUAUCAAAUUCCUUCAGAUUCUUGUUGUACAGCAAAUACUCUGGGCUGUCAGCCUCAGCCUUUGCAAGAUCGCCAUUCUUCUCCUCUACACUAAGCUCUUCUCCGUACGCCUCAUGAUCAUAGCUACAAGGGUCAUGACAGUUUUCACUGUCAUCUGGACUGCUGUGGCUGUUCUGGUCGCCUUCUUCAUCUGCCGCCCCUUAUCGGACAACUGGCUUCUCGACCUGAAAAAUCGGAACUGCGGCAACCAACCGGCGGCCGACGGGACUUUGGGAGUUGUGAACCUGCUCACGGAUAUCAUCGUGCUCAUCAUGCCUGUGUCUUACCUGUGGCGACUUCGACUUGAGACGUUCAAGAAAAUCGCUCUCAUUGCAACCUUUUCGCUGGGCGUCUUUACAUGCAUCGUGUCUGGCCUAAGGCUAUACUACCUUGCGAACUUGAAGUACACAGACGUCACCUUUGGUAUCCCAAAUGCCCUGAUUUUCAGUGCCCUUGAGCCCGGUGUCGGCAUAACGCUUGCCUGUAUACCGUUUCUCCGACCUCUUCUGGGCCGGUCACAGUACUCUACCAAGGGCACAGCGAGGUAUUACACCUCGGCUGAAAACUCCGGUCACGGGGCUGGAGGAGGCCAGGAUAGGAAUGGUUUCACUCUCGUGGAGGAUAGUUCGUCACAGCACCACCUGCGAGAACAUGACCAGAGCUAUGACAUGCCGUCAAGGCCGAGCAGGGCACGUACGAGCAAGGGCGGCAGCGCUCGAGAUAGUUACUAG